UCGCGCCGGUCGCUCCCGGCUUAUAGUCGCUCGCUGUGCACCGCGACUGCAAACUUCACUCGCGACACACGCCUCCACCACAUGUCCACUGCCAGCUGAAGCGAACACUCCGACACUCGCACGUGACGCGCAGUGACGUGACGACCCGUGCUCGCCGCCGGCGUAUGAGACACACGGGAACGUUUAAAAACUCGUAAAACCGCGGCACGUGCUUCAGAGUCGUAAAAUAAUCGUAAAAAGUAAACACGAGUCGACCGGCCUUUAUCGCCAAUGAAACACAUUAUGACGGUCGGGUGACGUUUAAUAGGCAAUAAAACAACAAUAAAAUUAAUAAAGUUAAUUUACACUCGUCUUAGAUUCGGAGUGACGUUCGCGUUAUCACGGCACGCGGGGCCGCGAUGACAUAAGUGUUCCCCAGUGACGUCAGUGUCGGUGAUCAGAAUGAACUCCUACUUCGAGCAGGGCGGCUUCUACGGCGCCCACGGGGUGCACCAGGGCGGCGGCGGCGGCGACCAGUACCGCGGCUUCCCCCUGGGCCUGACCUACGCCCAGCCGCACGCGCUGCACCAGCCGCGGCCGCAGGACUCGCCGUACGACGCCUCGGUGGCGGCGGCGUGCAAGAUAUACGCGGGCGAGCAGCAGUACGCCAAGGCCGACUGCUCGAAGCCCGGUGGAGAGCAGCAGAACGGUUACGGUGGCAAGGAGGCGUGGGGUUCGAGUCUCGGCGCGCUCGUGAGGCCGGCGGCGUGCACGCCCGAGGCGCGCUACAGCGAGUCGUCGAGUCCGGGACGAGGCCUGCCCUGGGGGAACCAGUGUGCACUGCCCGGAGCCGCGGCCUCAGCCCAGCCUGUCCAACACCAGCCCACCAACCACACAUUCUAUCCUUGGAUGGCCAUAGCAGGAGCGAACGGCCUGAGAAGACGAGGGAGACAAACCUAUACUAGAUAUCAAACACUAGAGUUAGAGAAAGAGUUCCACACGAAUCACUACCUUACGCGGAGGAGACGCAUCGAAAUGGCGCAUGCGCUCUGUCUCACGGAAAGACAAAUCAAAAUAUGGUUCCAAAAUCGAAGGAUGAAGUUAAAGAAAGAAAUACAAGCGAUAAAAGAGUUAAACGAGCAGGAGAAGCAGGCGCAGGCGCAGAAGGCGGCGGCGGCGGCGGCGGCCGCGGCGGCUGCGCAAGGCCACCCCGAGCACUAACUCGCGCGUGCGCACCGACCUGCGCGUGCGCACAUGCUCACAUGCUCGCGCGUGCCCGUGCUCCACCAGUGAUAUACGAUCGCAGUCCGCCGAACAUUCUUUAGCUUUGUGUUUGUAAAUUGUUUGUAAUUAUUUUCGUUAUUUAAGUGUUGUUUGGUUGUUGUGAUUAUUUUUAAUUAAUUUCAAAGAAUUAGACUCGUGUUUUCUAAGAAUGAAUGAACAAUAAACUGUUUAAUGUUAGAAUAGAAACGGGUCGUAUUAUUUUGUGUUUCGGGUUUUGUUUUUGUUGAUUUAUUGAAUUUUUUACAUAUUUUAAUUCGCGCUUUCGUCGUAAAUGUUCGCGUUUGGAAACCAGUGCAAUUUUAGAAAUCUCUUCCGUGUAUCAUAGUGUAGAUGUAUCGUAGAUGGUUUUCGUGAGGGCUACCCUAGCCCCGGCUCGGCGUCGGCGAGGAGGACUCUAUUACGUUGUACAAAUUUAACAUGCCUACCAAAGAGACCCGGUCUCGUACCCUUAUAGCUAAGUAAACAGUCAUAAGUUAAAUCGUUUAUCCGCAAUCCCGCGCAUCGGACUCGCGCCAAACAGAAUAACCGCGCCAUCUUAUCCUUGAAUACUCUCGCAUAAGUAUAGUGUAAACGUGGUCGUGUUCCUGCAGUUUUAAUAGUCGGUGAAGUUUAACAAAUUGCCAUAAAUAUAAGUAGGUAUUAUUUAGCUAGUAGCCGUGUAAAUAGUUAGGGUUACGUCUAUGAUAAUGGAAGUGAGCGGUUUGCGAUUGCGCCGGCGCCGUGGAAUGAGCAGAAAAAGCUUCGAGGGAGUGCGGGCGAGUUGCGGGGCGAGUGCG